AUGCAAAGUUAUACUAUAAAGUAAUUAUUGUUGGAUAUUGCAGAAGUAAUAGAUAAUGUAAUAUAUCUUCUUUGAAGUAGGAAAUCAUUGAUACAUAUGAAUAAAUCAAUAAAAUUAGCUUAAAGGAAAUUAGUGAAUAAUCAGAAAAGUAAUAAUAUGACAAUAUUCUUUAAAUCAUUGCUUAUUUAAAUAGGUAACCUUGUAAUUAAUAUGCAUAAGAGUAAAAAAUGUAUUUGAAGAAUAAUUAGAAGAACAUCUAAACAAUGAUUAUGAGACAGUAAUCUAAAAACUUGAAGCAUCCAUUAGAAUUCACAUUAGGGUAGAACAAUAAUAGAAAUUAUAAAUUGAUGCUUUAAUAUAAAAAAUAGAUGAAAUCACUAUUGAAAAAGAUAUUAUUAUAUAAUAAUAAUAAGAAAAAAUAAAAUCUUAAGAAUAAGUCAUUAAAGUAAGGAGAUUAAUAUUAUAUAUAGGAUUAACAUAAAAAAUUAUUUGAUAGUUCACCUAAAGAAAUUCUUCAUAAAAAGACUCCAUCUGCCUUUGAAAGGUUGAGUAAAUUAGUCUCCAACAAAUCCUAAAAAAGUUUAUAAAACUCAAAUAAUGAAGCUAAUUUUAAAGCUUUGUUAAAAAUAUGCAAUACUGAAAAAGAUCGUUCUCUUUCUAAAGGUAGGAAACAAGUUUCUUUAAAAUAAGAAGGUGGGUAUUAAAAAACAAAUGAUGAAACUUAGUAAUGUUAUGUAUUUAUAAAGAAAUCUAGAGCCUAAAUUGACAGAAACAGAAAGACCAAAAGAUUCAAAAGGUGAAAAAAGACAUCGUCUUUAGAAAUCGGAAAAGUUAAAUGAACAAUCACAAUAAUCUUUAAGUACAGAUAAAUAAAAUAAAUAUAAUAAAGCAAUAAAAAAAGAAUCACCAUUAAUUAGAGUAUUAUUAUAUAAUUAAUAAGUAAAAGCAAGAAUAAACAUUGUCUAGUCAAAGUUUUGAUUAAGUUGGUAAAAGUUUAUAAGCAUUGUAGAGACAGAUAUCAAACACUCGUCUGUAAAAUAAUUAAAGUUAAUAAUUACUUAAAUUCUUAUAGAAAAAAUGA